CAGCCCUCAUGCCCCCCCAGGCAGUGGCAAAGCCCAAAUGCAAGAUUUCAGCCUCCCGCAAGCUAUCAUUGAAGAUUCUCUUGCUGGCUCGUGCAACAGAAGAGCUGGAGGCAGAGAAGGCUGCAAAAGAGGAAGAAAAGGUCCGCUACCUGGGAGAGAAACUUCCACCGCUGCAGCUCAUUGGUUUAAACAUGGAUGAACUGCAGAAACUCUGUAAGCAGAUGCAUGAAAAGGUUGAUAUGGUGGAUGAGGAGCGCUACGACUGUGAGGCCAAAGUCAUCAAGAACAACAAAGAUAUCAACGAAUUGAAUCUGAAGAUUCAGGACCUCGGAGGGAAGUUCAAGAAGCCAGCACUGAGGAAAGUGAGAGUGUCAGCAGAUGAGAUGCUGAAAGCUCUCUUUGGAUCCAAAAACAAGGGCUCCAUGGACCUAAGGGCAAAUCUCAAGUCUGUAAAAAAAGAGGACAUCAAGCAAGAGAAGGAGCUGACCAUGGAGGUGGGUGACUGGCGUAAGAAACUGGAGGGUAUGUCUGGUAUGGAGGGCAGGAAGAAGAUGUUUGAUGCAUGAUGUUAGGGAGUAAGAACAGAACGAAAAUGGGUAUAAUAAAUAAAAAUGAAUACAUAAUGUUACAAAGAAAUGCUGCCACUGUUUUGGCAAAAGUGUAAUCAUACAUAUGACUUUCAGGUCACUGUAGUUCUGAUUCUGUUAUCAAGUACACCAUUUGUAAAAUAACAUUGUGAAUACACAGUAUGUUACUGCCUGAUAAUGCUGUAAAAUAAUACAAUAAAUCUGUACAUAUUGCC